GUCUGCCGUGAGUACCUGCACCGUUUGUGUACAUCCACUGACGAUGUGGAUGACAAGGCUGCAAUCAUACUUAUCGGGAGCACAGCGGGCAAGUACGGCGAGGCUAACCAUGGGCAUUAUGCUGUCAGCAAGACAGCAGUGAUGUAUGGUUUGGCGAGGCCACUCAAGAGCGAGAUUGUGAAGAUUGCGCCCAGGGGACACAUAAACUGUAUUGCACUUGGAUGGGUGCAUCGCUGA